AGUUGAUCAGGCUGAAGUGUGUCGUCCUCUGAAGCUUUUAUUUCACUGCACGGAUCAGCUGUCAGACUUUAGUGAACCACUUGCACCACUGGCACUUCAGGAUGGCUCUGUUAGAGUGGAGGUCUAUUUUCCAGAAUGAAGCCAACAAUCUCCUGCAUGGAGACACCUGGAAUCUGGAGUUUGAUUCCACUAUUGUGCCCAAACAUCCUCAGUGUGGAUGGAAGGAGUACUUCAGGAGCACCAGUGCAAGGUUUCAGUGCAGCAGCUGUCGAAGGGGCUGGCCCUCCAACCGAGUGAUGGUGGUCUUCCACAUGUGCCUGGAGGGCAACAUUGGCACCGUCAAGGUGAGGCGCAUCCGUCAAAACUGCAAAAAGUGCAGCAAUGCCCCAAUGGUGGAUUCCAUCAUCGAGGCGGAGCACAUCACCAUCCUCAUGAGAAACCUGGUGAAGAAGAUAAGAAUUAAGUGCUACAACGAAACCCUAGAUCAAGGCCACUACGAUCACGAGAAGCUCGAUGUCAAGAGUCCCCAUGAGCCUGACCACUGCGAGGGAUGUAGACUUGGCAUCUGUACAAGAGAGUGAGCCGUGCUUUGUGAUCGCACAGUUUUGUGCAGUUGUUUUUUGGCACCGCUUUUAACUCAUUUUUUUUUUAUAAAUUGACCUAAAAAUAAUGCUUGUUUCAGAUUUACUAUGCUGGGAGGAGGAGUGUGUUGUGUUUAGAAUGUAUCAAGAGUUUUGAAUUUGUUCUUAUGCCCUUAUUAAACGCCUAU